CAUCACUCUUUCCCGUGCACUGCACAGUAAUGUAGUUCCCAACUUCUUCCCAUUCAAGUUAGCUCCCGCCCUUUCUCCCCAGGGAAUCACAGUCACACACAGUACAGGGCGCUUCACACCUGCACCCGCCAAUGCACGUUCCCGCCCAGCAGAGAGGGAGCGAGCUUAGCGUAGUGACACUUCCGGGCUGGGCGGGGCCACUGCUGCUGUCAGAAAGACGGGCCGGCCGGUGGUCAGCUGCUGCCGUGCCCGGAGACCCACGAUGGCUUCGUCAGGAAGGUGAGAGUUGGCGCUGCAGUGAGAUAACAUACAGUGUAUGUGGUACUGAGAGUGAAAUCAUGCAGAGGAGCCGCUGGAACCCUGCACUAGUGCUACCUGUGUGCAUUACGUGUAUUCUUGUGUCUUCUGUAACUCUGGAGAUGUUAUAUCUGAUCCUCACAAAUUCAGGGAGUGAACAGUUUCCUCUUCUGAUGCUAACAUUGUACCUCUUGUUUAAUGUAGUGGGGAACAUGUUAAAGUUUGUCCAAAGUAAUGCUACCAUCAAAGGUGUCUUCCUGGAGCAUGGCAGCACUGGUCAAGGCUGGUUGUACUGUUACACCUGUCAGACACACAUUCCUCCAAGGUGCCACCACUGCUAUGAUUGCAACGUGUGUGUUCUUCGACGUGACCACCACUGCACUUUACUUGGAAAAUGCGUGGGUUACUCAAACUAUCGAUACUUCCUGUGUGCAUUACUUCAUGGGUUACUUGCUCUACUUCUUGCCACCAUUCUUAAUGCUGAAAUUUUUGUAGACUUGAUGCAUGAGGGUUUCAGUCUUCACAGCUUCUUUCUGCUUAUCAUGCCGUGGAUGAUGUUGAUCAUAGGCCAAGUGACUGCAUCAACCUUUAUUUUUGCCUUUGUGGCUGAUACCUGUGUUGUUGGCUUCCUGUUUUGUCUUGCUUUCCUUAUGCUGCACUGUGUUCUUCUUUAUCGUGGGGCAUCCACCAAAGAAUGGUUCAGUGGCCAUGCAAACGAUUAUAACUAUGGUUGGAAGAAAAACGUCCCAAACUUUCUGGGAGAAAGGUGGUACCUGGUUUGGUUGUCACCAUGGAUUCAUUCAAGAUUGCCUGGAGAUGGAAUUACCUUUUGAGCCUGUGAAUCUUUCUGUUAGUGUGUCAUCCAAGAAAUAUACCCAGUAGAUUCUGCUUUCCCUGUAUAUGUGAACCUCAAACUAUGUUUUUGUUAUGGAAGUACCUAGGGGUAUAUUACUACAGUGCAGGUUUUUAGAAGUGGAGAUUUUGCCGAUAGCAACCAAUCAGAUUCUAGUCAUUAUCUUCUAGAAGGUGCUAGAUAAAUAGGUAGCAUCUGAUUGGUUGCUAUGGUUAACAUCUCCACUUUUGAAAACCCACACUUUAGUAAAUAUACCCCUUAGUAUUCAUUCUAGCACCCUGCACUUGAUCAGUGAGGAGGGCAUAUUUUCAUCUUUAAGGGCAAAAUUGUAUACGUGAUGUUUCACUACAGUAUGAAGACGGCAAUAUACAAGGGCAGUAUUUACCCUUAGUUUCUCUAACGUCCUAGUGGAUGCUGGGGACUCCGUAAGGACCAUGGGGAAUAGACGGGCUCCGCAGGAGACA